AUGACCAAUAGCCCCUUGGGUAGAGUCCUCCUCAAUCCAGAGGCGUCCAGUCAGCUUAUCAAAUGGAUGACGGAGCUCAGCGAGUUCGACAUCCAAUAUCAGCCUCGGACGACCAUCAAAGCGCAAUCCUUGGCGGAUUUUGUUACUGAGAUGCAAAAUCCAGAGUCGGAAGCCAUUUGGAGGAUAUAUGUGGAUGGAUCAUCCACUCGGCAGGGCAGUGGGGUCGACAUAUUGCUCAUCUCGCCCCAAGGGGAGCGGAUGCAGUUGUCCGUUCGGCUGGAUUACAAAGCCACGAAUAAUGAAGCCGAGUAUGAGGCGCUUAUAGCCGGCUUGCAAGCCGCUCGACACGUUGGAGCCAUUAAGGCCAACUUUUGGGAGGUUGUCAUACAUAAAAUCCUCCAAUUGGAGAACCAAGCUGCGGACGAGCUGGCCAAACUAGCCAGUUCGCUAUCGUCGAUCAUCAUACCACAGCCGAUCGAGCAAGUAUCUUUAGUGGCUCAUGUCGAUCGAAUGGAGGGACUCUCCUUUCCAAGUGAUUGGAGAAUGACUCUAGUGGAAUUUUUGCGGUCAGGAGCUACACCGUCCGAUGAGGAGGAGGCUCGCAUAUUGAGGAGGAGAGUUGGUUGGUUCACCCUGAUUGGGGAUCAGCUCUACAAGAAGGCCUUCUCUAGGCCUCUGCUUAAGUGUGUCAGAUCGGAGGAUGUUGAUUACAUACUGCGGGAGGUACAUCAAGGGUCCUGCGGAGGACAUCCAGGUGGCCGCUCACUGGCAAGAAAGAUUCUAUUGGCUGGAUAUUUAUGCCCGACCCUCCAAGAGGAUGUCGCCCGGACGGUGGCCACCUGUCUGUCCUGCCAGAAGUAUCAUAGCCUCUCACACCGGUCGAUCGAAGAAAUGAAGGCGCCCAUGAUAUCUUUCCCGUUCGACCAAUGGGGCAUGGACAUUGUUGGGUCAUUCCCCAUGGCGAUAGGGCAGCGCAAGUUCUUGCUCGUCGCAGUAGAUUACUUCUCCAAAUGGGUCGAAGCUGAGCUGCUGGCAAGAAUAUCUAAACAGAUGUGCGGAGGAUAUGUCAUUCAGCAAGCCUUCACCUCAGUGGUCUACCCUCAGAGCAAUGGGCAAGCAGAGGUCGCCAAUCAGGAAAUCCUCCGAGUCCUGCGCGCUCGGCUCGAUCAUAUGGGAUUCAGCUGGGUCGAUGAGCUCCCCAGCGUGUUGUGGGCGCUCCGCAUGACUCCUAAGGAAGGGACUGGGGCAACUUCUUUCCACCUGGUGUACGACAGUGAAGCAGUCAUCCCUGUCGAAGUCGAAGUUGAGUCCGAUUGGCUACAACACUACGAUGAAGAUAACAUCGAGUGA